AUGCUCACUCAGCACAACGGUUUACCCAAUCGGCGCACCGGUUUAACCACUCUCCAAAAUGAUCGCCUUGACUCAAAUCCUUGGCCCGGAGAUGCAUCUAUAAUUCGGGAGAGAAAAUCCGGAUUGGCACUCGUCGUUCAUAACGGGGGGCUUUCUUGGGCAAAAUGCUAUAGGAAAGACCUCUAUUAUCCCGCACCACGCUUAGUUUGGCUUUGCGUUGAAACUGGAAACUUCAGGGGGUUCUUCAACGCAAGUACUGGCAUGUAUCUAAGUUCCAGUAACGAUAUAGUUAUGCCAGUCGAGGCCUUCGACAGCAAUGGACAGUUUGUGCCAAUGAGGGAUAUCAACGGAGGAUAUUUGCUGCAAACUCCGGCUGGGAAGCAAGUGGCGAUCGACUCUCGUAAUCGUCGGCUUGUAACGAGGCAGCAUGCAGGAGCCUGCUUCAAAUUCUUGAAAGUUUAG